AUGACUUCAGUUGGUGUGCCAAUCAAAAUUCUUCACGAGGCUGAAGGCCAUACCGUCACUCUUGAAACCGUCACAGGUGAGGUAUACAGAGGAAAGCUCAUCGAGGCAGAAGACAACAUGAACUGUCAGCUCUCCGAGACCAUUGUCACUUUCCGAGACGGAAGAAGUCAUCAGUUGGAGAACGUCUUCAUUCGCGGAAACAAGAUUCGCUUCAUGAUCCUGCCUGACAUGCUGAAAAACGCGCCAAUGUUCAAAAAUAUCGGAAGAGCGCAGAAGGGAGCUAUUGGAAUGGGUCUCGGAGGUCUGGAUCAGCGCGGUAGAGGACGCGGAACCGCUUUCCGCCGACCAAUGGGCCGUGGAGGACCACGUGGAAUGUCCCGCCCAGGAGGAGCCCCACCAUUCCGAGGAUAA